GAGGAGGAGGAGGUGGAGGUAAGGCGAGGCUGCUGCUGCCGCCGCCGCCUCCCUGCAGCCCUGCCGCCAGUGCUGGGUUGUCGCGGGGCUGCCGGGCAGAGCUGGGCCGAGGGGGCGGGAGGCAGCUCGCCCCCCGAUGGGAAGGCGGCAGCAGCAGCAGGAGAAGAAGGAGGAGGAGGCCGGCCGCAGGCGACCCUGGCCAUAACUUCGCGCCCACCCGGAGAAGGGAAGAGCCGGGCAGGCAGCGGCAGCAGCAGCAGCAGCAACGUCCUGCGGGGAAGAAGGCUCUCCACCCACCAUGGCCACAGCGUUACCCAGAACCCUUGGAGAAUUGCAGCUGUACCGAAUAUUGCAGAAAGCCAACCUCUUGUUCUACUUCGAUGCCUUCAUUCAGCAGGGAGGGGACGACGUCCAGCAGUUGUGUGAAGCUGGCGAAGAGGAGUUCCUUGAGAUCAUGGCGCUCGUCGGCAUGGCCAGCAAACCUCUCCACGUCCGAAGACUGCAGAAGGCUUUGAGAGACUGGGUGACAAACCCAGGCCUUUUUAACCAGCCUCUUACUUCCUUACCGGUCAGUAGCAUUCCAAUAUAUAAGUUGCCGGAAGGAUCUCCUGCUUGGUUGGGAAUCUCAUGCAAUAGUUACGAAAGGAAUAGUAAUACCCGAGAGCCUCACUUGAAGAUCCCAAAAUGUGCCGCCGCCACCUGUGUUCAGAGCGUCGGCGCGGGCAAGUCCGACGGGGUGGGGAACUUGACACUGCAGAGUGGCAGCGAAACGAGACUAUGGCAAGGGCACCACACUACAGAGAGCGAACACAGCCUUUCCCCAGCCGAGGUCGGCUCUCCGGCCUCACCAAAGGAAAACACGGAAGCCCUGGACGCGGCGGCGGCCCUGUCGGUCACCGAGUGCGUCGAGCGCAUGGUUCCCACCCUACCCAAAAGUGACUUGAACGAAGUGAAGGAACUGCUGAAAAUAAACAAAAAGCUGGCCAAGAUGGUGGGCCACAUAUUUGAGAUGAGUGACGAGGACCCUCACAAAGAGGAGGAGAUCCGGAAGUUCAGUGCAAUAUAUGGCAGGUUUGACUCGAAAAGGAAAGACGGCAAGCAUCUCACCCUCCACGAGCUGACAGUUAACGAAGCAGCUGCUCAAUUGUGUGUAAAGGAUAACGCCCUGCUGACCCGGAGGGACGAGCUCUUUGCACUGGCGCGACAAAUAUCCCGAGAAGUUACCUACAAAUACACUUACCGGACUACCAAGUCUAAAAGUGGAGAAAGGGAUGAACUGUCACCAAAGAGAAUUAAGAUAGAGGACGGCUUCCCUGACUUCCACGACGCAGUCCAGAGUUUUUACCAGCAGGAUUCAGUCAAAAUACAACAGGCAUUGUCAAAAGGAAAGUGUGAAGACCUGGCAGCGCUUGGAUCACAGCCUGAGAAGAUGAUGGCCAAGCAGAUGGAGUUCCUCUGCAGCCAAGCUGGCUUGGAGAGACGCCUUUCCACGGGCCUUUACAGGCAAAGCUCAGAAGAGCAUUGUGCCAAUGGCUUGACAUCGGAUUAUGGUGUUGGGCAAGGUGAAAGGCCUUUAAAUCUACGCAUGUCAAGUCUACCAAAUAGGCAUAUGCCUCACAUUUCAUUAGAUGAUGAGCCUCAUGUCGUGAAGCCUCUCUGCAGUGACUUGAGCAGAUUGUACGCCAGUGCUGAAGCAAAGUCACAACCUUCAGAAGGCCUUGGUAUCUUAAAAGAUUUCCCUCACUCUGCUUUCAACAGCCUCGAAAGGAAGGUGAUAAAGACAGAGCCAGAAGAUACAAGAUAGCCAUGCUCCCUUUUUUAAAAAAAUGUUAGAAUAAAGCUUUGAAUGAGAAACGGAAACAUGCCUUAAUAACCAGCGUUGCCUCAUUGAAAUAAGCGAUUUCAUAGCCAAAGCCUAAGGACUGGGACGUGUCAUGUUGUGGAACUGAUGUACGAAAUAACCAGUUGAAAACUGCAACUGCAACGAGAAGUGGGUGCAAACGUUACGAAAUGAAAAAGCGGCUUUGUAAUUUGGGAAAGGCUCACAAAACUAAUAAUACUGUGGGCCCUUGUUAUUUAAGAAUGUAUUAUGUAUUUGUAUAACUUAAAAGUUUAGAAACACACCCACAACCCCAACAACUUAAUAGGUGUCAUAGAUUUGUAUUGCGUCCAGUAGAUGUGGCUGCCAUUAUUUUUACUUGAAGUUUUCAAUGUCUACUUUAAAUGUAGAGAUAUAACAAUAACUGAGGUGGGUUUUAAAAAAAGAAAAAUCCUUACUUUGAAGCAGCUGGACAGAAGACUUAAGGAGGGGAGAGCAGCAUCUUAACAAAGCAUUUUAAUAGCAGGUUUUCAAUGCUUUAAGUUUUAGAAACAAACAAAACAAUUACAUACGAUUUUAUAGGGAAAUAGCCCUCGCAAGAGCUGACUGUAUGAUAACUGGCGUUUUUAUGCUUAUUGAUGUAAGAUCAUUCUCAAGCACUUCCUGGACGCACUUCUGUAUUUAUCUACAUUGUGUUCCUCUCCACUAUUAGGGAGUUAUGGGUAGAAGCAGCAGCACACCGUUGCUUCAUAUUGUACACUUCAAACAGGGUAACAAAUAUAUCUGCAUUUAUUAAGACACUCGGGUUAUGCCUGCCAGGGCAACUGCUGAAAUGGUGGCAACAUUUUGGAAUGAUCCUUAGAGUCGUUCCCAUUUUCUCAAGCUGGAAUGUUCCAGAUAACAGAAGAGGUGGGAAAGCACUGCAAGAAAUGUGUAUUGUCUGAAACUACCAAUACUCACAGGAGAAAUAAGAGGAGGAAUACGUUACCGUUCUAGGAGUAGCUUACUCCUAUAUAAUAAAAUAUAAACCACAGACAGCAGGUGUAGCCAAUCUGAUGCUUCAGAAGAUGCUGGACUGCAGCUCUCCUAAAUCCCAGGGAACAAGGUCAAUGGUCAGGUAUUAGUGCAGCAAAAACUAGAAGGCGGCGUACUGUCUACAGUCUCAUGGAAAUGUUUGUAUGAACGACUGUACUCAUUAUUUAUUUUCUGGAGGAUUUUUUUGCUGUGCGAAAUGAUUGAUUCUUAAGGGUGCCAUUUUGUUCCUAAUGGAACGACUGGCUAAUACAGAGACAUUUCCGGGGUAUUUCAGUGUGGUGUCUACAUGUUAUACACAACAUCAUUGUGACAUGUGGAUCCAUCUGAUAAUAGCCUCCUCUCUUUCAUUCCUUAAGAUGGUGUCUUUGCAUUGCUGCACUUAAAAAUGGGGUUUUCAAAACUAUAAUUUAUUUUUUUUGAAAUGCUGAAUUUGCCUACAGUACUUUCGGAGGGGGGGGUUGAUGGAAGCGCCACCGGUUCUUGUCGAUUUUUCCGUAAUAGGGUAUUGCUCUUCAUAUAUGAAGAUUUUGCUCCGUGUAAUAGUGAUUUACCGAGUCAUUCCAUAUGCCAUAUUGAAACUCUGUGUAAAGCGUAAGGUGACAUGUCCACACAACUAUUUGGUAUCAUUGUAAAAUGUGUUUAAUAACAGUUUAUCACUUGAUUUGUGGAGCAAAGCUUUAUAGUAGAAACACCAGUGCACAUGUUUUUAAUAUUAUAGAGAGGAGGAAAAAAUUCUUUAAAAAAAAAAAAAGAGAGAGAGAGAGAAUACUUUUUGGAAUUUUGUUGUACUACUUUACUGACGAAGAAAUGUAUUAAACAGAGUAGAAUCUUCAGCUUAAUGGAUCAAAACAGAUGGAUUAAUGUGUAGCUUAAAAUGGGGUCAUUUUAUUGUUUUGUGAAUUAAUAACGUGUGUUUUCAUGUUAACUAAGGUUUCAAGUAGCACUGCUUGAUAUCUGAGCAGUUUCAUAAUUCCUGACAGUAAUUACAGGCAAAGAAAGCACAUAUCUCUUACCCGUAGUAUAUAGCAUCUUGUUUUAUAAAGGCCAAUGUAAUGUAAAUUUAAA